CCCCAUCCCCCAAUGGCAUCCUCCUCUAGUUUCUUCAUUCCUGAAGCUUCGCAAAUCUUGAUAACUACAUCUCUCACGGCUCUCACUUCAUCUACACUGGCACCUCCAUUGAGUGCACCCCGCAAAUGUCCCUUUAGUUGAGGGUUCACCUUUAAAGCUUGGCAUCAGCAUUACAUAUGGCUUUAGUGCAGCGCCGUGGCUGCUCCAGAAACACACUUACAUCUUGGGGGAUGAGACUAGCAAUGAGUACGAAUGAAGUUUCGGCUGGUGUAAGCACAUCAGUGUUGCUGAGGACAUACCCAUAUGUCAACCUCGCCAGCAAGCCCAAGUCUGGUGCUCCUGACCGGUCUAGUUGGCCCAUUAUACGUCUGGAAAUCUUGCCAUAUAUGGCUUCGAAGAAGGCUUGUCCUCGCUCGAGCACUUGUGCUGGUGCAGUAUCGUGUAUGUCCCUAUGCCUGGGAGAUGUGCCCAUUCCUGGUUCGUCCAGUAGGUCUUCAGGGGUUGCAGACUUGAGGGACAUUAGAGCAUUAAUCGACUAUCCGAAAGUGUUAGCGCCGAAGUGAGUUCAUGAUACUCGUGGCCUGCCAACCUUGGGCAUGCCUCCGACGGCCGAAGCUUUCAAGAGGGCUUCUCUGAGACGUCUAGAGAUGCGUAACUGAUCGUCCCGGCUCGGAACACCGUUCCCAGAAGUGCCUGAACCCUCCCCUACGGCAUUCUUGAAAACCUCUGGCAGUUCGUCCGGCCUAUUGAGAGCUGAUAGAGUGGUAGCAGUGAUGAAGUACCAUGUAUUACGUGGUAGACCUGGUUGCUUUCGAAUCGCUGCGAGCAAUGCUGGCGUAAGAAUGGGCUUCAUCGUUGUCAUUAUGGUAUGCAAUAUCUAGGGAUGGGCCUACAAUAACGAAAAGCGCAUUCACAUCUCUUCAUUGACUCUAUCGCAACAUUUAACCCACAUCAGUCUCACUAAGCUGAGAACUCGUCUAGAUUUAGGGUAGCCACUUCUGAUCAGCCAUUAGUGCCUCUGAUAUUAUCAAUAACGGCAACCAAUGGCUACCUACACGGGGAAAUAUCGGCUUUACCUCAAGCAGAAUCACGUGCACAGGUCGGCCCCUGCGUCAUCGGUUGUGUGUCGCUCUGCUUAACGUGGCAUCAAGUCGUCGGCUGUUCUUUGAUACAGCGAAGUAAUUACAGCACAUUCACCAAAAGUAACGUAUCCGAAUCCAACUCAACCAUGGGGAUAGAGGAGUGAUCGGUUACUUUUUUUUUAAUUUUUUUUCUUUUUUCUAACAAGUACCCAAUUAUUACCCAUCGUUCAACUCCCAUGCCCAAGAUGCGACUUGGCUGGUAUGCUGGGGCCUCGACGGCCCUCGCGGGUGGUGUUGUCCUCUCGGCUUUCUAUCAGAGGGCUAACUUUUACUCGGCAAUGGUAUAUCUCGCUCAGAGCAACUUUUGUUUGUUGGUCUUGGUCAACUUUUCCUUCCUUGUCUAUAGCAGCUUCGUUUACGGUCUUACACGGAUGUUCUUUGGCCCUCUCCGCGCCGUCGAAGUCGAGCAACUAACCGAGCGUGCCUGGUUUGCGAUCACAGAGACAUGUCUAGCAAUGACCAUAUUCCGCGAAGAAAUAGGAGCCUGGUUUCUGGUUAUGUUUGCAGCUCUGGUGACAGGCAAGGUGUGGGGAUGGAUUGGUGAUGGGAGAGUUGAGGUCCUUGAGCAGCAGCCGCCUGCGAACCCUCGCUUGUUCCAUAUGCGACUCAGCGUGUCGCUCACGCUAAGCUUCAUCUACGAUAUCUACAUCCUCCGAUACACGAUCAAUACUGUUAUUCAACAAGCACGACCCAACAUGAUGGUCAUGUUUCUCUUCGAGUUUGCAGUCUUGGCCACCAGUUCAUGGCGGACGGCAGCCCGGUAUGCGCUGUCGUUGACGGAACAAAAUAUCCAGGAAGCGCAGAAACGUAAGCGACUGGCCGAAAGGAGACAAGAGGUCAGACAAGAACGUGAGGCUAUCAUUCGACGGCGUGAAAUGGCGGCCGCCGCUGGCGAGGAAGUUUCGGACGAGCCACUGCCCAGCGAGGACGAUAUCGAUGAAAUGGAUAUUGAAGUACCAGGUUGGUCUGCAAAGGGAGAGUUUGUACUCUGGCUGGACCUGAUCACAGACUUGGUUAAACUUGGUAUCUACAUCGUGUUCUUCUUCAUGCUUCUGGCUUUCUACGGACUGCCCAUUCAUAUUAUGAGGGAUCUUUUUAUGACAGCCCGGGAUUUCAUUAAGCGUCUGGGUGCUUUAUUGCGAUAUCGAAAAGCCAUUCAAGAGAUGAAUCGUUAUCCCGAUGCAACUCAGGAAGAGCUCGAACGCGAGGACACCUGCAUUAUCUGCCGUGAGGAGAUGCGACCCUGGGAUCCAGAGAACAACCCAGGCGCAAUGGAUAGAAUUCGACCCAAGAAGUUACCUUGCGGACACAUUUUGCAUCUCGGCUGCCUCAAGAGCUGGCUUGAGCGUCAGCAGGUUUGUCCUACUUGUCGAAGCCCUGUUACCCUUGGCGAGACAGCUCCUCGUGCUGGCCAGAACCGGGCUGCUGGUCUUCGAAUUGAGCUUGGAGGCAGGCGUCCAGCGAACCAACCAGCAGCAAACCCAGGAGAUGCUCCCGCUCAGGGGCAACUGAACGGAGGAGCACAACCUGAACAGAGGCCAGCUGGUCCUCGUAUCUUCAACAUUGGCCCUCUUCGAGUGGGGUUUGGCGCCAACGGACAACAAGUCAGAGAACUUGCGCAGCAAUUUGGCGUGCCACCAGCUGCUCCCAACCCUCAAGGGCUGGUUCCUCCAACACCGGGCGCUGGCACCCCUAUUGUUGCUGGGCAGGCUGCUCCUGCGACUCCCCUUCCUACUGGAGAUAACUUGCAGAAUGUUGGAAACUUGAUCAGUCAAGCAGACCAGCUGAUCCAACGUGAGAUGCAGUCGUUACAGCUUGCGCAUCAAGAAUUACAAACCAUCCAUCUUCUCCAGGCAGAGCUAUACCGUCUCAGACAGAGACAGCAACAUCCAGAACAACAACCAAAUAUACAGACACAGGCCAUACCUCCUACUGUGGUACCUCUUCCUCAACCCAUAAUUCCUCAGCAAUUCCCUAUGACGCCCCAGAUGUCUAUGCCUCCAGGUUUCCCCCAAUUCCCAGGCAUACCUCCGCGACAGCCUAGCCCCCUUAUGGCUCGCCAUGGUGCCCCUCUUAACGCCGUACCUAUCCCUGCUGGCAGUGCUGAGCUCCCAGAAGGCGUUGUCAUCCCUCCUGGCUGGUCUCUGCUUCCUCUACAGCGUCUCGAUGGCGGCCAAGCCUCGACGCAACCUUCGCCCCAGGUUGGCCCUCAGGCGACUGUCGCAGAUAACAUUAAUGUACCUCAGACAACGUCUACUGUGAGACAACCCUCGCCAAUUGGUAGCCGCACCCAGGAAGCUCAACCGGCUGAGAACCCCUCUUCGACUCCGACUGAACCGCGCCCCCCUCAACUUACACCACAGUUCACACGGGCGGUUGAACCACCCCAUGUUGUUGCGCCUAGCCCUCGCAUGCCCAAUUGGGGCGGUUCGGCUCAACUGUUUGGCAACGGAUCUCGUCUGGAUCAUGCUGACCCUGUCACGCAGAAUGAGCCUCAGGCUGAAGGAAGCUCAAACCAAACUGGCCCUGUUGAGGCUACGUCUCAGCCAAGUCCAACAGCUGAACAUACACCACAAGGCACCCCGCCAUCCCAUAGUGAUGAAGACGAGGCGUCUGAAAUCGACUUAAAGGAGAAGGGCAAGGCGAGAGCCGUAACUGUCGAGGAGGUCGAGGACGAGGAAAAUGUUAAGGACUAGUUGUGCCUUGCGUACCAAUAGGCAUUCUAUGCAUGUAUCACUUUUUACACCCAUCUCUGUUGGUCUAGUGAAGACCAAUUCUGCAUUUAAACUUCCCGAUUGCUAGCGGCAUGGAGUUCACAGGAGUUAUGUACUAUUUGUUCGCCUCAAUGGCAUGGAUGACAGAGAAGCUUCACCCCGAAAUAUAAGUUUGUUGAAGCCAGUAUUGUACAUCUGAAGCUUGGUAUGCAAGCUACCCAAAGUAAUCUGCAACUAUACAAGUAUGAGUAGACCAGAAAACACCUUUCCAUGAUUAAUGAGACCAGUCAAGGCACGCUGAUGAAUUGGCACAGAGCAUUGGUGAAUCAAAAGCAAGCAAACAUCAACGUAG